AGAGAUUUUAACUGAGAUUGGCAGAAAGUUGAAGCAGAGAAAUAAGCUGAUUCGUAUUGCCGAUUCGUCCGAGGCCGGUUGGGAUACAGUGCGUCAGUAUGAGGCGAAUCCCGUGGCUAGUGAUUCAGAUGAUGAAUCCCGUAUUCGGAAGGCUGAGGCGCGGGCUGUGCGCCAGAAAAAGUCCAAGAAACAAAGCCAGCACAAGUCACCAUACUUUAACGCUGAACCUCCUAUCCAGGAACGUCACGUGCGGGGACGCCAUUCACAGGACGUGGUGUCGGAGCCUGUUUCGCCUGUGGGGAGUUCACUCACUAUCGCCGAGACUGCCCCCAUUCCGCCGGGGUCUCACCCGCCACCUCUAUUGGAAAGAAGUGAGACGGCGUCCCGAGCGGGGGCGGGCGGGAAGCAGCGUACCAUGGAUUCGAUAGAAGAUGAGUAUUAUGUUGUUGAUAGUGAUGAACGUUUUACUCAUAAUUAUUUCGAAUAUGAACAAGGGCAAAAAGAUAUCAUUGUUAAAGGCAGGUUGAAAGAUAAUGUAUUAUUUUGGCAGGAUAUUGGUGCAAACAGUUUUGUCCUGGAUAUUAUUAUGAAUGGAUACAAAAUUCCCUUUUAUUCGGAUCCGCCAGCACAAUUUAUCAAAAAUAAUAAAUCUGCUCUUAAAGAGCAUGAAUUUGUUAGUGGAGCCAUUUCUGAUUUGUUGCAUAGAGGAUUGAUUGCGGAAUGUAAAACAACGCCAAGAGUUGUUAAUCCGUUGUCGGUUUCAGUUCAAAGUAACGGAAAAAAGCGGCUGAUUCUAGAUUUGCGUGAGGUAAAUAUUCACUUAUGGAAACAGUCUGUUAGAUAUGAGGAUCUCAGGUUAGUGUUAAUGUAUUUAGAGCAAGGUUUUUGGAUGGUGAAAUUUGACAUUCAUUCGGCAUAUCAUUUUAUUGAUAUAUUUUUACCCCAUACAGAGUAUUUAGGAUUUGCUUGGGAAGACACGCGCGGACGUUUGAUCAUGUACAAAUUUUUGGUUUUGCCUUUUGGAAUUUCUACAGUUCCGUAUGUAUAUACUAAGGUAGUUAGGCCAUUGGUUGCUAAAUGGAGGGGUGAGGGAAAGAGAAUGCUUAUGUUCCUUGAUGAUGGUUUUGGUUGCGACAGGGAUUUUAGAUCUACACAGUUGAUGUCUAAUGAGAUCAAACAAGAUUUGUUAAAAUCAGGGUUUGUACCAAACGUGCAAAAGUCAUUGUGGAUUCCUACUCAGGUGUUGGAGUUUUUGGGUUCAAUUCUCGAUUCUGAGAGAGGUUUGAUUUGUAUCCCCGAGAGGCGUAUUGUGAAAGCCAAAACUACUCUUGAAGGAAUUCGA